AUGAUCGAAGCCGUCUACAUCUCCGACACCAACGCCUCGUUGGUGUUCGAGUACCAGCAGCGGCUCAGUCUGCCUGGCUAUACUCUGAUCAAGCUGAUGGUGCUUGCCCACCCCGAGUCGGAACCGCCGAUAAUCGCGAUUAACCACGACUACUAUGUGGCGUUUGAACGGUUCGCCAGCAUCACCAUUUCCGUGCUUUGCGGGCUGAAACUGGACCCGGUCAAUCCCAUGAUCCCGUUCGUGUUUAUUCAUCGUCUAUUCACGGCAAUUAAGGAGUAUUUCGGUACCCCCGUACUGCCGACAAAGAUCGAGGCGAAUUCCGACACGUUGACGCUGAUCAUGGCGGAGAUGAUCGACCAAACGGGUUACCCGCUUACCACUGACGCUAACCAAUUGCGUGAUUUGAUUCCCUACGAGCUGUUUUUGCUGAAAUUGUUGAGUACAUCGCUGUCGAUUGUCGCCGAGCACCCGGCGGCGAAACUAGCGUUUAACCAGUCGCCCCCGCCACCACUGCAGCCGAACCAGGUGCUGGCGUAUCCGUGGAGACGUUCUAACGUGCGCUAUACGCAUAACGAGAUGUAUAUUGAUGUGAUUGAGCUGAUCGCGGCGAUGUACCAGGUGGUACCUCCGCUACUGCUGCUGCUGCUGCUGCUGCUGAGUAUGGCACGACUUUACCCCGUACUGGCUCAUAUUGAUGGUCUGAUAGCGUUUGUCAGUCAUUUGACGGGGGAACCGAGGCUAGAAAUGCUGUUUAACCAUGUGGCCCUGCGUAUCCAGCUACCCAGCUUCCACCCGUGUAUUGACAUUGCCAAAUGGGAUAAACAGUGUGUGCUUAACUUUGUCCCUCCCGACGGCCAGCUGACGCUUAUGGAGUACCAAUUGGAAGCCCCCAAUCACGAACUGGGAGCGAUAGACAUCAAUUACCAGCCACUGACGGCCACUGGCGAAUUUGAGUUGAAACUUCAAAUAAAGCCCACUCCAGGACUCACUAAGGUCGAUACCAUCACCAUCGAUAUCAUCUGUGCCGAGGAAAUGGCAAUUAAGCCGCUGCGGUGCACUUCUGGCGACUUCAGCUAUAAAGGUAACGGUAAGGGAGAGUGGACGUUACGCGACGUUAAACCCACAGCGUUGCCUCUCCUUCAGGCGGCAGUAAUCAACACUGAGACUGACGCUCGGGGAGAACCGUUAUACCUCAGAAUCAGCUACCAGCACAAGGGGUGUGUGCCGCUGGGGCUUAAAAUCGAUAGCAUCCGCAUGGUGUCGCAUAAAGGCAUGCCCGACCUGGUGAAGCCUUAUAAGGGCGUCAAAUACAUCACCCAGACCAGCGACAUCGUCAUCCGCCCGUAA